CCCAAUGCACAGCCACGUACGGUGUAUGUCGCUAAUAAAAAGAGAAAUCGUUGUUCAAACUAAUGCAGGGAAUCCAAAUAAUUGUGUUCAGAGCAAAAGAAGACGUUUGUUGGAUGAACCUCAUGCCAAAUAAUGAAUCGACGUAUCCAUAACACCGUCUCUUGACGGUAGUACAACUUCCGCUAUUUCCAAGCAGUGGUAUUCAGGAAGUCCCACACAGACCUGGAGCAUUCGGCAUUACCCUCACACCCAUACGGAUAAUUCUUCUCCAUUUGGUGGUUCUGAACGCGUUAAAGCCUUGACACAGUAAGCUGUUUCACUGGACUAAAUCAUCAUUUAUUAAGUCUUAGACCUGUCGCCUUGUCUUGAAGCUCUUCGGCUAGUUAGUUCACCGCUCACAAAGGGGCCCGUUUGUUGGCCAAGCACAAAUCGAGUGAAAGUGCUGGAAUUGUGAAAAUCUGUGCUAGUCCGACAAUGGACUACGCGGAAGAAGUCCUUUGUGGAACAAAACAGGACAUUGAGGAAGACGUUCGUCAAACUCUGGACGCUAUUUGCAAGCAGCCUCGAGAGAAAACAGACAUUGUUGAAGAAAAUCUCCACCCAGCGAUACGUGAGUCAGAUUUCCCUAACGUUAAAAAGGAAGAGGAAGAGUACCCAAUGUUGAAAGAGAAAGGAAGUCCAGAGACCCCUUACAUGAAAGAUAAAGAGGAGCUAGAGCCCCUGAACUUCAAAAACGAAGAGGAGUAUGAUAUCACCCUUGUCCCUUUGAAGAGUGAAGAUGAGUAUAUGAGUGAAGAGAAUAGCGGGGCGGAGCCUUCAAGCAGCAGCUCAAGUCAACAUGUAACAAUGGAAAGUGAUGGAGACCACUGUGGACAAUCACAAGGUGGUUGCCUCAUAGCUCCACUAUCAGAUAGUGAUGACACAGCGUCACAUUCUCCUGACACAGAAGAGGAAGAUUAUGAACACCUGAAACGUUACAUGACAUCCCACACUAAUAACAAAUGCUGGAAAUGUUCUCAGUGUGGGAAAAUUUUUACUUUAAAAGAAAAUUUGAACGUUCACAUGAGAAUACACACUGGAGAAAAACCUUUUGCCUGCUCAAUUUGUGGGAAAAGAUUCUCCGUAAAGCUGAGUUUAACAAUACACACAAGAACACACACUGGAGAAAAACCUUUUUCCUGCUCAGUUUGUGGGAAAAGAUUCUACGAUGCGGGAACUUUAAGAAUACACACAAGGACACACACUGGAGAGAAACCGUUUGCAUGCACAAUUUGUGGCAGAAGCUUCUCUGGAAAGUCAAGUUUAACAACACAUACAAGAACACAUACUGGAGAGAAACCUUUUGUCUGCUCACUUUGUGGUAAGAGCUUCUCUGAAAGGGCAACUUUAAUAAUGCACACAAGAACGCACACUGGCGAGAAACCUUUUGUCUGUUCAAUUUGUGGGAAAACCUUCUCGAUGAAGAGUAGUUUAAAAUCUCACACAAGAACCCACACUGGAGAGAAACCUUUUUCCUGCUCAAUUUGCGGUCAAACAUUCUCUGUAAAUUCAGUUUUAACUAAACACACGAGAACGCACACAGGUGAGAAACCUUUUAGCUGCUUAAUUUGUGGUAAAAGCUUCUCUGGAAAGUCAAAUUUAACACAGCACGCAAGAACACACAGUGGAGAAAAACCUUUUGCCUGUUCGGUUUGCGGUAAAAGCUUCUCUGAAAAAUCAAAGGUGAGAAUACACUCAAGGACGCACACUGGCGAGAAACCUUUUUCCUGCUCAGUGUGUGGUCAAAGUUUCACUGAAAAAGGAAGUUUAACACUACACACUAGAAUACACACUGGUGAGAAACCUUAUGCCUGCUUAAUUUGCGGCCAAGCGUUCACUCAAAAGGGAACUUUAACAGCACACACUAAAACCCACACUGGAGAGAAACCAUUUGUCUGUUCAAUUUGUGGUCAAGGUUUCACUCAAAAGGGACGUUUAACAAUACACAGUAGAACACACACUGGUGAGAAACCUUUUGCCUGUUUAGUGUGUGGUAACAGCUAUUCUAAUCGGUCAAGUUUAAAAUCUCACACUCAAACACACACUAGAGAAAAACCUUUUCCAUGUACAGUUUGUGGAAAAAGUUUCACUGUAAAGUCAAGCUUAACAACUCACACAAGAACACACACGGGCGAAAAACCAUUUGUCUGCUCAGUUUGCGGGAAAAGCUUCUCUGAUAGGUCAAGUUUAAAAUGUCACACUGUAACACACACUGGUGAAAAACCUUUUACCUGCUCAGUUUGUGGUCAAAGUUUCACUCAAAAGGGACGUUUAACAGCACACAUCAAAACACACACUGGUGAACAACCUGUCUGCUCAGUUUGUGGUACAAGCUUCUCUGACAAGGCUAGCUUUAGAAGACACGCAAGAACACAUAUGGCUGUUUAAAAUCAAACAUUCACUGAUGUGUGUGAAGUAAUUUUCUAGUACUGAUUUGUUAAGAGACAAGUGUGAUUCUUGAAGCUUUAACUAAUCAAGAAUCUUGUAAGUUACUUGUAAAAGUGAGUUUCUUAAUGUUAUAUUAGUGACAGGAGAACCAAUGUGUUAUGUAUUCUGAUACCGUUACUU